CGUGUGCGAGUGUGUGUUUGGACCAGAGUCAGUUAAUCUAUUGCCAGCUCAACAUAUAGACACCGCCAACAGAUGUUGGCAGAGUGGAAAAUCGAGUGAGAGCAGCCAGAAGCCAAGUCCCAGUUGUUUUGGAUUGAAGAAAAUCGCAGGACUUCCAGAAAAUGUCGCGCCUCUUGUUCGUGGCCCUGCUGGCCAUCAGUUUGGGUUGUGUGGCGCCCAGCAGUGUCAACCACCUGCCAGCGGGCAUGUCGGUGGACCUGGGACCAGGUGUGAAUCUCAACGAGCGCUUCUUCGACCAGGUGCGAGCGCUCAUCAAGCGGCGGCUCCAGGAGAAGGGCCUUGCGAAGCCGGAGCAGCAGGAGAUGCCGUUGCCGUUGGCGGACGACGAUGCGGUGGCUCUGCAGAACCAGCGCAGCUACGACAAUGUUCCCCUUCCCGCGGCCAGUGUGCCCACUCCGGUGCUCGUCGAGAACUGGCCCACCGAGGAGCACAGCUUCGGUCAGGUCACCGCCGUGGCCGUGGAUCCACUGGGCAAUCCGGUGGUUUUCCACCGGGCCGAACGCUACUGGGAUGUAAAUACUUUCAACGAGAGCAAUAUAUACUACCUAAUCGAGUAUGGACCAAUUAAGGAGAACACCAUCUACGUGCUGGACGCGAAGACGGGAGCUAUUAAAUCGGGAUGGGGAUCGAACAUGUUCUACAUGCCGCACGGAAUGACCAUCGAUGGCCACGGUAACUACUGGAUUACGGAUGUGGCCAUGCACCAGGCCUUCAAGUUUAAGCCAUUUAGCAACAAGCCUUUGUUGACGAUUGGCAAGCGAUUUAGGCCCGGGUCAUCCGUGAAACACCUGUGCAAGCCGACUUCCAUCGCAGUGGCAACAACAGGAGAGUUCUUUAUCGCCGAUGGCUACUGCAACAGCCGCAUACUCAAGUUCAAUGCCGCGGGCAAGCUGUUGCGUACAAUUCCCCAGCCACCCGAAUUCCUCUCGUUACAGGUUCCACAUGCCAUCACUUUGCUGGAACACCUGGAUCUUCUUUGCAUUGCUGACAGGGAGAAUAUGCGCGUAGUCUGCCCAAAAGCUGGCUUGAUAUCCUCCCACGGCGAGGGUGAACCGGCGGCAACCAUUCAGGAGCCUGACUUGGGGCGAGUUUUUGGCGUCGCCAGUUAUGGUGACAUUGUGUUCGCUGUGAACGGACCAACUUCCAUGCUGCCUGUGAGGGGAUUCACCAUUGAUCCGCGAUCGGAGUCAAUUAUCGGGCACUGGGGAGAGUUCAAGAACCCGCACUCGAUGGCGGUCAGUGUGAAUGGGUCGGCUCUGUAUGUGACCGAGAUCGGAAACAACCACCAGACAAACAGAGUGUGGAAAUAUGUGCUGGCCUGAGCCUAAUUGAAAUCGCUUUAAAAGACCCGACUCGCACUGCGCUCCUGCAUAUCCCUAGGACCAUAGAACCCAACCAAAUAGUUUUCAGCAGAAACAGGCAACAGAAUCAGACUCCGAAUCAGAUACAGAUAACACAGAACCUAAGCAUAAGCAGAGCCCACAGCAAGUACAGUUUAACGUGACUCUUCGUCAGAUCAAUAGAGAAUAGUAAGUGCUUAAGUAAUGUACAAGUUAAGUAUGUAAAUUGCUUGAUAAACAAUACCACAACAAACAUAACCUCAGACUCUUUAUGUUUUGCACUGUAAUGAGCAAACGAAAACGAAAACGAAAAUUUACAAAACAGCUUAAAUAGUACAUAUACUUAAAUGUAAUAGUUAUGCGUAGGCACUAACUAGGCACGAAUGUGAGGAUGUGGUGACGUGGGCAUGGAUAACCGAUUCCGCAGAUAACCGGGGGCAACCAGCGCAUACAAACAUACUUGUGUAUCAUAUUGUAACCUAUAUCAAAUAUAUAAUCGUAUCUGUAUCUUAUCAACUUAUCGUAGCCCAUGUAAAUUAUGUAUGUAAUAAACUGUUGCUGUUGUGACGUGAACACGGGA